UGUCGGGCGAAUGGGCGGCGCGGGCUGGACACGUGCCGAAGCGCGUGUUGCGGAUGACUCGGACUUUGAGACCCUGAAGAACCUCCUAGGAACGCAGGAUGGAUGGAGCCUCGAGUACGAGAAGGAUGGGGUUAAAGUUUGGGCCGAAAACGCCGCGCAUGGCGCCCUACGCACCGUCAAGGUGGUCGCGGAGUUCGAGGACGUGGAACCUGACGCGUUGUACGACGUGCUUCACGACCCGGAGUACCGCUCCGUGUGGGACACGCACAUGCUGGGCGCGGAGGACGCCGGACACAUCAACGUCAACAACGACGUCGGAUACUACGCCAUGUCGUGUCCGGCACCGCUCAAGAACCGCGACUUCGUGCUUCAGCGCUCCUGGCUGGACACGGGCGAGGAGAAGAUGAUCCUCAACCACUCCGUCUUCCACAAGGACUACCCGCCCCGGAAGGGAUAUGUCAGAGCACUGUCCCUGUUGACGGGUUUCGUGGUGCGAAGGAGGGACGGGCCCGGCAGCUGGUUGGGCUACGUGUCGAGGUCAGACCCGCGCGGAGCUCUGCCUGCUUGGUUGGUCAAUAGGGUAACAGCUCAGCUGGCUCCUCGCCUGGUGCAGCAACUGCACGCAGCAGCGCGGCGCUACCCCGGGUGGAAGGCGCUCACCGACACGCCCUACUUCAAGCCGUGGAAGCACCCCGACCAGGUGCCGCCGUAUCGGAUCAAACUUGAAGAUUGCGUUGACCCCGACGCCCCCCCACCACCGCCCGAACCGAAGCCGAACACUUCAAAAAGCAAACUAGAAGUACGAGCCAAAGAACCAGAGAGCCACAGCAUAGAAGACUUAGGCGACAUAUCAUCAGAGUUCAGCGUAGAAGUAGAAGAACUAUCUGACCUCACCCUCGACCCUUCUAAGAAGAAGGGGAAAUUUUACAAAUUAGUCAAAUCUAUGAAGAAUAGAAGGAAAAGUGUCCAAGUAGCAAAAAGUGCCGAUAACCUAACUGAUAGCAAAAUGCCCGAAGAAAAACACGAGAGAAGAAAAUCUUCUUUUAAAUUCCAUCGACGGUUUAGUCUCAGUAGAGGGAAGGAAGAUUAGACAUAAUAAAUCUAGACAUAAUAUUAAAAUCUAUGGUUUACUUUUCCACUUUACAAAUAAUUACAGUAGAUUCUAAAAAGUAUAUCGUGGUUUUACAAUUUCGCAACAAUAUUUUUAAAAGUGAAUUCUACGAAAAUAUUAGUCUAAGGCCUGUUACACACGCGGCGGUAAACUUUGGACGUUGAAUUGUGGUAAAAAUACUACAACUUUUUAAAAAAAAUUUAAAGAAAAUUUGGUCAGUACCUAAAUCUAUUUAUGUCAGUUUACAGUUAACGCUUCUACUAAAAACUUAAAAAAAAAACAGAAUGUACGACUUUAAUUCAGCAGCGUUCAGCAGGCGUCACUAACUUUGAUGUAAAUUAGUUGACGUAUAUGAAAUUGAGAUUCUGAGAAAUGUUAUCCGGUGCCUACUGACAACCUUUCAUGGAUAUCAUAUUAGAUUCAGUUGCUUUGAUGUUUAUUUUAAUAUGUCAUUAAUAAAGACCAAAUUAGUGAAUAGACAAGCAGAGCUUUCGGUUGAUGACAAAUAAUUGUAAACCAAAAGAACAGUCGCAAAUCAUGCACGUGUGUAAUAUGUCUAAUUCAUCUACUACUCGUACUUCGUAUUGUAGAUUUUCUCUCUGAAUUAAAACUAAUAUGCUAACUUUCCAUCAAAUAUGUGUCUGGAAUAUUGCGAUUUAUUUAUAACCCAUAAUAUCGCUUAAUUUUCAUUUUUAUAUUCGCAUGUUUGACAUAUUUCUUAUUAGAUAAACAGUUACAAAAAUUACAAAAUUCAAUACUUUUAACUCACACAAUAAACUCAGUUACUUUUCACCUUUGCAUGUGCAUAUAAAAUUUUACAUUUAUUUGAUUGAAUUAAAUUAUUCCCGCAACAUUUGGGUGUAAAUAAAACUACUGUAACUGUAACAUUAGGUGUAUUAACUGUUUUAACUUACCAUAAUUUAGAGUUAUUUAUGGAAGAUAAAAGCCAUAUAUAUUUGGCUUUAUUAUAUCAUACAAGCGAAAUAUCAAUUGAAAAGCUUGGCUUUUAUACAAAACACCUAAUUUACGUGAAAUGAUGAAAAAAUAUCGGAAAAUAGAUAGAAGUGUAAAAAAACUGUUACUUUUAGAUGAUGCGCUUAGACAUUUCUUCUUUACAAUAUACAAUGUAUUAUUGUUUCAAUCAAAAAAGUAAUAGCUACAUUCUGUUUAAGCCAUACAGGAAAAAUAUAUAUAAUUAAAGGCCACAAUGUCUUCGUAUGCCGUAGUAUUUUAACUGAACUGAAUGCAGUAAUUUUUUUUAUGUUUUUGCCAAUUGUGAAAAAGUCUCAUUACUUGUGAGAAAAUGUUAUAACAAAUGUUUAAGAAGUAAAAUAAGCGAACGAGAGAUGUUGUUAGAGUUAUUUAGAUUAUAAUAAAAAAAUCAUAGAAUAAGAUGUUAAAGUAGCUUGGUUUACAUAAUUAGGCAUUUUUAUCAUUCCAAAUAUAUUGUUUUGGAUGUUAUCAAGAUAAAGUACAUAUAACCCAAUCUUGUCCCAAUGUAUUUAAUAAAGUCUGAACAGGAUUAUUUGUGAGUAAUAAAUAGUUUAGUGGAUUUAUUAUUUAUUAUCUUAAAAUUUAAAAAUCGCAAACAUUUUUUUGUUUUUCUUUUUUAAUAUGUUAUUGUUUCGUUGAUAAAUUUCUCUAAAUAUAGAAAUCGUUUGCUUGGUGUUCAUAAAUCAAAUGCAUAAUUAAAAAAGACUUGAUUUUAAGUAAAUCAAAUGAAACCAAUGUCAUGAAGGGUCAAAUGAGUCAAAAUAGUAACUUUUUUUGACUUUUGCAAAAUAACUACAACUAAAUACUUAAACUUAAAGUAAAUAAAAAUAUUUAAAAUUAAUAUACAUAAAGAAUUGCUAUUUUGAGCCAGGCAUAAGUCGGAUCACCAAAUAAACGAAUACGCAUAAACCCAUAUGUCGGAUUAUUUCGUUGAAGGUGUAAUGUUUUGGUGUUUUCCACUAAAAACCGACGAAUCCAAGAGACAAGGCGAAGUAAUUUGCAAUUAAACAUUGUAGAUAGAGCCUCUUAGUUUCAGUUUUCGUGCUGCGUAGGUAGAUGAUUUAUAUUUGGAUCUGGGUUGUCGUUUGAAUGCGUCAGAAAAUAUCUAAAUAAAUUUACUGUAUAUAUAAAUCACGCGUUACUUUACGGAAGUUUUUUAUGUACAGUGAAUAAUUGAUUUAUUUUGAUAUAUAUUUUGCUUCUGUUUAAUAAGCGUUUUUACUAUUUACGUCCUGCGUCCAAACAUUUACAAGUUCCAACUUGAGACGGACGCAGGCAGUGUGUUCUUAACUUUAUUUGGUAACUAUCAAAUAUCAACUAAUUAUAAUAAAACUUCUAUCUUCGGAAGUCAGUUGGCCGUUGGCUGUAAUUGUAAUGUGUACAGGCGUUGGAUGGGCGCGUAUUUUGCAGUGGCGUUCACAAGGUUGUUAGCUUGUGUAGGCUGUUCUUCUUCUCAAAAUCAUUCGUAACGUGUCUUUUCUUGGUAUGUUUAUUUUUGUAUCUAUGAAGUGCAGACCACUGUUUGUGUGAGAUAUUGAAGGAGAGUUAGCAAAGUAGAAAAAUAUUAGAAACUAGCUGACGCCGCGACGCCGCCGCCGACGUUUCGCCCGCGUGGUUCCCGUUCCCGUAGGAAUACGGGGAUAUAAUAUAGCCUAUAGCCUUCCUCGAUAAAUGGGCUUUCUAACACUGAAAAAAUUUUUGAAAUCGGACCAGUAGUUCCUGAGAUUAGCGCGUUCAAUCAAACAAACAAACAAACAAACAAACUCUUCAGCUUUAUAAUAUUAGUAUAGAUUUUUAAUUGUCUUAGAAGUUUACUUUGUUUUCAACGAACUUCCACGCCACACGCAUAAUAUUAUAAAGAGGUAAAGUUUUUGGUGUUGUAGGAUUUUGAAAAUUCAUGUACCAUUAGAAACCCACGUUAUUCGUGAGUGUUUUAUAUAUCCCCAUAUUUUCACGAGAAAGGGCAUCGGCUAGAAAAUAAUAAUUUAAUAAUCAUCAUCAUGAUCAUCAUGUCAGCCGAUGGACGUCCUCUGCAGAACAUAAUAGGCCUUUUGUAGGGACUUCCAAACAUCACGAUACUGAGCCGCCUGCAUCCAGCGACUCGCUUGAUGUCGUCAGUCCAUCUGGUGGGGGGUCGACGAACACUGCGCUUUCUAGUGCGAGGUCGCCAUUCCAGCACCUUGGGACCCCAACGGCCAUCAACUAUGUGCCAGCUUUUCGAACUAUGUGCCCCACUUAUUGCCAUUUAGGCUUCGCGACACGUUGAGCUAUGUCGGUGACUUUAGUUCUUCUGCGGAUCUCCUCAUCCAAUCCGAUCCAAUCGAUCAUUUCUGAUUCGAUCACGCAGAGUUUAAUUAUGCAUUUCUACUAUUCUAACUCUAAUAAUCUAAAUACUCACAUAAAGCGUCUGUGCUUCAUCAUCAUCAUCAUCAUAUCAGCCGAUGGACGUCCACUGCAGGACUGCCUCCAGCGAAUCUCUGCGACUCGCUUGAUGUCGUCCGUCCACCUGGUGGGAGCCACCGGCCAACACUGCGCUUACUAGUGCGGGGUCGCCAUUCCUCUUCGAACUAUGUGCCCAUUGCCACUUCAGCUUUGCAAGUUGCGAGUUGCGAAGCUGUGCCAAUUUGACUUACUAAGGUAGAAGUAUCCCUUAAUCCAUUUUUUUAUAUUAACUGUUAUGACAUUAAUAACGACAGAGUGAGAUUUUAAAUAGUGUUACAAUGUUCUCUAAUUAAUUAUUAUUAAUAAUAAUAGUCAUAAAAUUUAUUACACGGUAAUUUAUUUAAUCUUUAUUUAUUAUAUUAAAAUACUUACUAAUUAAGUAGUGUAUACUUUAAUUUACGCUCUAGGUACCUAAUGUUCUAUGAUAAUAAUAUAUAGCUAAAUCACUUUUCAAUAUAAACUGCCCCUGUAGCCAAGUGGCAUGACGAAUAUCUUUCUACGAUCGAAAACCUGACCUCUGCCUCCGAUUCCGGAGGGUGUGGGUUCGAAUCCGGUCCGGGCCAUGCACCUCCAACUUUUCAGUUGUGUGCAUUUUAAGAAAUUAAAUAUCACGUGUCUCAAUCGGUGAAGGAAAACAUCGUGAGGAAACCUGCAUACCAGAGAAUUAUCUUAAUUCUCUGCGUGUGUGAAGUCUGCCAAUCCGCAUUGGGCCAGCGUGGUGGACUAUUGGCCUAACCCCUCUCAUUCUGAGAGGAGACUCGAGCUCAGCAGUGAGCCAAAUAUGGGUUGAUGACGAUCGAAAACGCUUCGCAAACUAGAAAAAUCUUUGGGAAUGACAGAUGAUCACGUGACCUGUCCAUAGCAAAUGUCAUUCCCAUACAUUUUUCUAGUUUUCGAAGCGUUUGCGAUUGUAGAAAGAGAAUCGACGUGCCACUUGGCUACAUGAGAUGUAGUUAUAAUUCUUCUCUACUGGACUAAGAAUCUGUGAUGGCCAGAUCUUCGCUAUUUUAAAAGCUGAAAGUUUGUCAACUCAAAUUCCUAUCAUAGGUAACCAACCAAGCCAACUACAGCCAACAACCAACAACAAUAUGAUUUUUCACAAUAAGAGUACUAUGUUACAAUGUAAGCCUUAGAAGAAUAAAGUAAAUAUUAUGGCUUACCUUCAAUCGUAUACUGUUUAUAUAAAUGCCGCGUGGUCAAAUGACCGGGCGCCGUCUUUGAAGGUACAUCUUAUGUUUAUUUAUUACAACACAAUGAACUAAGUAUACAUGGAAGUUUGGAUCAUGCUGGUUUUGUGUAGCAACAGGUUUCAAGGGUCCAGUUUAUUGCUAGCAUGCAACCAACGAUAUUAUCUUGUCUUUGUACCAAUGGCGGCGCAACUGGAAAUAUCACUAUUUCUUUUAUUGCGUUGGUUAGAAAGAGUUGGGACUGGGACAACUCCGACGACAUUUUGUCUAUUUCUCUCCACUUGGUCGUAUGUUAGCACUACGGAUCCUCAAUUGUCACAUUAUAAAACAUUUGAUUUGUUGAAGGGUGGGUUUUGUCGAUUCGAUUUGUUUGUGGGAUACGAUUUCUCAUGGUAUACCGAGAAAAAUAUUAAUUGGAAAAUAUAAAAAAAAAACACUUUAAACUUGGAUGGUUUAGGGACUGGAACUUCCCAAGCCACUACGGUUCAAACUCCAUAGUGCAACCGUACUUACCUAUGGUAAAAGCAUGAGCUGACAAAAGGGGUUGGUCCAUUUCAGGUCCACUCUUAUACCCCGUAUCAUUAAAAUCUAAAUAAGUGAAUAAAUCUAACUAAAUAAAAAGAAAUAAAUAAAAUUAAAACCCAAGUUUUUGAGUUUUAACAAGAUAACAAGAUUUAAAGCAACUAUGACAUGAUAAUUGACAGCAAACGUCAAAUCGACAACUGCAUUGAAAACGUCAUCAAUCCGCCAUUAUUACCCAUAUUAGUGUUGCAUUUCUUGGGAGAUAAACAAUAUUAUUUCGAAAGAAUUAAACUAAAUUCGUAAAUUUGUAUAAUCGAAAAAUGGUUAAAAAAAUAUUUUCUUUUAUUUCCUCCAGGGUACAAUGGCUGAUCCUGAGCUCCAUACAAAAAACAAAAAAAAAACCGUCUCCCUUCAACUUUUAUAAAAUCUGUCUGAUCUGGCUACUACAUCUCAAUCUUUAUACGAUUUUAUCUAAAAUAUUAAGUCAUUGUAGUAUAGCAAUGUGAACUAGAAUGCUGUAUAAGUCUAGUCAAACAAUCUCGCACAAUAAAGCAAUGAUUUUAUUGCAUGACAAGAAAAAUAAAAAUUCUAGGCCUGUAGCCUGUUACAUAUCAUUCUCUUACUACAAACGCCAACGCUUCGAAAGCUACAAAAUUAAGGGGAUGACUUUCGUUGUUGAUAAGUCAUGCGAUUUAUUCAUUUAUUCAUACGCUUUAUUUGUAUACCACAAAACAAGGAAACACACUAACCUAACGAUAGAAACCAGCGUCUUUUUUUGUUAUUAUCGCUUCAUAACGAUCCCUUCCACGCAACCAUAAGUUUAGGAAAAUAUUAGAGUAUGUUUUGUUAAUUGAUAAUGCUUGUUUGUACACUUUCAUGCUUCAACUACUCAUCCUUUUACAUAAUCAUGAAUUUUUUUAAACAAAUUGUUCUUUGGAUUAUAGAAAAUGACCUAAGGUCUGAAAGCACGAGGUCGUGGGAUGGCAAUUUCAAUUUCAAAUCUUUUUUUUUUUUAAUAUAGUCUUUAUGAUCUAUAUGUAUACUAAUAGUCGAAAGAGGUAAAGGUUGUGGUAUUGUAGGGGAUAAUCUCUGGAUCUACUGAACAGUUUAUAAAAUUACACUAGAAAGCCACGUUAUUUGUGAGUGUCAUAGGCUAUAUUUUAUUCUCGUAUUCUCACGGGGACGGGAAAUACGCGGGUGAAACCGCAGGGCGACGUAAGUUUAGUAAUAUAUAAAAAUAAAUAUUACCGCAAAUUAAAUUAAUAUUAUAGUGCUUACUACUAUUUAGACGGCCUCCGUGGCGCAGUGGUAUGCGCGUUGGAUUUACAAAACGGAGGUCUUGGGUUCGAUCCCCGGCUGGGCAGAUUGAGAUUUUCUUAAUUGGUCCAGGUCUGGCAGUUGGGAGGCUUCGGCCGUGGCUAGUUACCACCCUACCGGCAAAGACGUACCGCCAAGCGAUUUAGCGUUCCGGUAUGAUGCCGUGUAGAAACCGAAAGGGGUGUGGUUUUUCAUCCUCCUCCUAACAAGUUAGCCCGAUUCCAUCUAAGACUACAUCGUCACUUACCAUGAUUGUAGUCAAGGGCUAACUUGUAAAGAAUAAAAAAAAAACUACUUUUACUUUUUUGUUAAGCUAUCCACACUAAACAAUUAAUAUUGUCUUACUUGAUAGGCUGCAUUUUGGCCGAGCCCAAAUCUUUGUUUAGUUAACUGAUUAUAUCUCUCGACUGGCUUUAAUUUAGUUAAGUCCAGCCUACUCUACUUAAUUUGUGUACUUUGAAUUGUUGGAUUUUUAUAGCUGCAAAAACAACACUGAAAUUAAAAUUUUAACAAAUAUGAACUUUCGAAACACGCAAGUUCAUUUAAGGCCAUAUCUACAUUUACCAUAAAGUUAGAUUGUGGUCAAGCACUUAGGUAUUCAUAUAAAAACAAUAAUUCUAUCUUACUCAAAGGCUCCAUGAAAUUUCUAAGAAAUGCUGAAAUGUUUUUCGUUUGUACUUAUUUCGUUACUUAGCGCAUAUAAAAAUUUUAAUAAAAAAAAUUCAACCGACUUCAAACUCAAAAAAUAACUUUAACUAAAAAGCAAAAAAUAACAUCCUACCUAUGUGCUACCUUCUGAUCAGUUUGAAGGCGGUGCCAAGCCAGCGAUGUUUUAAUUAAAUACGUUUAAACUACAAAAUUUCUGUGGUUAUUCCAGAAACAGCUUUAAUUAAAACACGACACUGGCUUGGCACCGCCUUCAAACUGAUCAGAAGGUAGCACAUAGGUAGGAUGUUAUUUUUUGCUUUUUAGUUAAAGUUAUUUUUUGAGUUGGAAGUCGGUUGAAUUUUUUUUAUUAAAAUUUUUAUUUUUUUAUUUUUAGUGUUAGCAUACCCACUGCGUGUCACAACCUAUCUAAGUGGAAAGUUCUUAUCAAUACAAAAUUAUCAAGUCCAAACACAAGGUAGCUACUGUGAGCCGUCGAGGAGUUCUCUUCAGUGUGCUUCGUCUUCAUCACCAGACCCUUAAUACAGUCGCAAUCCAUCUAGGUGGAAAGUUCUCAUCAAUACAAAUUUAUCAAGUCCAAACACAAGGUAGCUACUGUGAACCGUCGAGGAGUUCUCUUCACUGUCCCUCGUCUUCAUCAUCAGACCCUUAAUACAGUCACAAUCCAUCUAGGUGGAAAGUUCUCAUCAAUACAAAUUUAUCAAGUCCAAACACAAGGUAGCUACUGUGAACCGUCGAGGAGUUCACUUCACUGUCCCUCGUCUUCAUCAUCAGACCCUUAAUACAGUCACAAUCCACCUAGGUGGUAAGUUCUCAUCAAUACAAAUUUAUCAAUUCCAAACACAAGGUAGCUACUGUGAACCGUCGAGGAGUUCUCUUCACUGUCCCUCGUCUUCAUCACCAGACCCUUAAUACAGUCACAACCGAUAUAGGUGGAAAGUACUCAUCAAUACAAAUUAAUCGAGCCCAAACAAAAGGUGACUGCUGUAAAUCCUUGACGAGUUCCAUCGUCUGUGUUUCGGCUCCAUCAUCAGACCAACUCCAAACCUUCCUAAAGUUGUAGUGGUUUAAAAUACCUUAUGGAAACACUAACAAACGUACUAGCCGUCUCUACAACUUUCGAAAGUUCCCCUCAAUUUCUCCAGGAUGCCAUCAUCAGAUCCUGACAUGAAAAAAAUGGGACCACCCUGGAAGUAAACCCUACAAAACAAAAAAAGAAUUUUCAAAAUCGGUCCACAAUUGACGGAAUUAUCGCUGGACAUACAUAAAAAAAAAAAAAAAAAAACAUACAUACAUACAGCCGAACGUAGAACCUCCUCCUUUUUGUUGGAAGUCGGUUAAAAAUAUUAAUGGGAUAGAGAUUCUCGGAAAUGUCUCGCAGUCAUUUAGGUAUUAUGUAAUAAAAAGCCGUUUACAAAAAAAGUACCUUACAAUAUAAAUGCCCAGUAAAUGGGUCUAGACAAUUGAUUUACUAUUUUUUACGUUUAUUGACCGAACACUGCAUGAAAACGUGAAAACGUUCAGUCAUUGAGGUGUUUUUUGUUCAUCGUUUCCGUACUUUAUUACUCUCAAGGUCCGGCUGUUACUUAAAUAAAAACACUUUUCAGAAUGUCGACUUUAAAAUUUUCCCUAGAAAACAAAUUAAUGUAAUUAUCUCUAGUAAAUUAACUGAAUACCUAACUAACAUACCUUAUUUAAACAUGUCGGAAGGUACGUUUACGAUUUUUUACAUGAGAACAAUGUUGGAUAUGUUUUUUUUUUUGAUUCAAAUACCAGUGACGUAGCAUGCCUUAGAGGGGCCCUGUAUCAAAAUUAUUUGGGGGGUCCAAUUGACGAGCGGCAAAGGCUUAAAAAUCUCUAUCACCAUAAAGUACCUAUCGUUUUUUUUACUUUUGUAAUUUCUGGAGCUUUUUAUUCCCGGGAAGCACCAUUAAGUAAUAUUGUAGAUUACCUAUUUUUUACAAAUUUUUGCUUUUACACGUAAGUGGCCCCUGCAUUCCGGGGGCCCCGUAUCAUUGAUACGGGGAUAUGGCGAUAGCUACGCCCCUAUCAAAUACUUACUAUAUAUUUUAAGUAUAUAUUUUAAGUUUAAGUGUUUUUUAUUAGAAUGUGUGUCAAAGAAGAAUUUGGCAACAGUAGAUAAGAAUUCUCAAAGUAAUAUGAUUUUAUUUUUAAUUUUUCAUUUUCAAGGUUAAUGAAGUGUCUAAGGUGGAUGUCGCCAAUGAUGAUGGAGUACCCGAUUUUCGUCGUAUUUUUAACCCCUGACGCAAAAAGAGGCACUGUCUGAGUCUGUGGCAAAAUAGCUCCCGAAUGGAUGAAGCGACUUCAAUUUAGUUAGUUUUGUAUUAAAGGUGAUUUAUUUGCGUGUGUUCUUGGACAUAUUUAAUGAAUAUCGGUUGAGCCGUUUAAAAAUUGUGGGGGGUGAAAGUGGGAAAGAAUAACCGAAUGUCUACAAAUAUACUCGACUGAGAUCCCAAAUGAAAGCGCUCUGAAAGAGAAUAUUUAUGACUUGACGACGUAAUUAAUAAUUUCAUGACCUUCGUAUUUAAAAAUUUUCAAUUUUAUGUUAUCAGCCCUACUAUUAUAUAGGCUACUUUCUACAGGUCUAACAGUUUCGAAAGUUAAGGUUUUUUACAAAGUUUCCUCUUUAUUUCGAAUAUAUUUUUUAUAAUUCUCAAUUAGUUUUUUAGGCUAUUUGUAGAAAACCAAACUCAUGUUUUGAGUUUUAGUAAAUUGUUUACAACUUUCGCCGUGUUACCUAGAUUAAAAAAAACAUAUGACCAAAAUGUUGUUCCAAACUGAAUUACCUAGCUGUUUGUGAGAGAAUUACCAGAGUAUUUCUGGGUGCAAACAAAAUAAAAAAUAACCUUAACCUAAUAGCGUAUAAUUUUCCGCCAUACUCGUAUAUCAUUAUAAUCUAACCGUGUUUACUAUCUUACGGUUACAUAUUACCUAACCUACCUAACACACGACGACCGACGAUAUGAUUUUAAUAAAGAGGUUUCUAAAUUCAGGUCUGAGAGUCUGUAGGUGCAAGCAGCGCGAUGAGGCAGGUGAAACCCAUAAAAAAAACUUGACAUCCGCAUAAAUACAAACAUUUUUCAUAAUUUUGUAUUUCAAGAUUCAACACUAACAAUUACGUAAAUUGAUAUCAUAAUAGACUAAUAAUCGAUAUUUAUCUUGUGUUUUUAGUUUUUGUGUUUUUAAAAUAUUUAAAGACGCCAUUUUUCUUGAAUAAUAUUCUGAAUUCUUCUUAGGCGGCUUCGUCUCGUACUGACUCGAGAAUGUACUCGUUUUUGAAUUUGUAUUUGGAAUGGCUGCAUCACUGCAGUGUUUCAUACGCUCUAUCUGCCUAUUAUUCUUUAAUCUUUGCAUUUAACGAUCUGUUUUUGCCAUAACAACAAAAUGUAUCCCAUCUAUUUAUAAAACCUACAAAUAUGCUGAUACGAGUAGGUUGUUGUGAGAUGUUAUGUUGAAGUAAAACAUAUUAACGCAACAAGUAAAUCUGCAUUGGAAUUUCCUCGCGAUGUAAGAUUUAUUAGAUUAGACGAAGCCUUUUAUUAGCUUGAUGUUAUCAAUUGUAUCUUUAGUUAAAUACUGUGGUAAUUUUCUAUUGACCUGGUGUCUCGAUUGCAUUAUCUAAGACAUGGUUCUACAUGGUCUAUAUUUUAUAUUUAAAAUGUAGGUAAUAAUUAUGAAUACAGAUUUAACUGUAACUUACUUUUCACGCCUUAACUGCUGUACUCAUUUUGAUGUUUUUUGUUUUGAAAUAGAUAAGAUUUUUACUCAAAGUAACUAAAGUUGCCGUUUGUCUAUCUGUUUACGUAUAAAAUGUUAGUAUAUAUUUUUUAAUUUCGCAUUUAAAUCAUACAAAAAUUGUCUUCUAGAUCUUGUAAAAAAUCUCGUUUCUAUAUCCCGAUUGUACUCUUAAUUGUGAAAUAUAUCAAAAAUGCAUUUUCUAUUCAUUGUUCUUGUUCUUGUCAUUGUCUUACAGAUAGUAAUAUUAUGUAAAUGUAUAAUUUUGUUCUAAGCUGAUACGUUGACUCUGUGCCUUCUAUACUUUACUUACUCGUAUCUUAAAAUACGUAUCAAUAACAAAAUAAGUUAUUAUUAAUAUAGUUUAACUACUUCAGGAUGUCUGUUUCGCUUGGAGUGUAAUGGAAAGAUAGACAGACAAGCGUUUGACAGUAGACAGGCGACAAAUAGCGCAUAAUGGGGAGUUGACUCAUAUCAAAUUUGAAAUAGAGUUUGGAUAAUGAAAGUAGAUACCGAAAUCGCCCGACAAAUUCAAUUAAUAUAUACUAAUCUAUUAAUCUUUAUUAAAAAAACGUAUAUUUGUGAUAACAUUACUACAUAUUGGAAAAAAAUCAAAUUGCAAUUAUCAAACUUGAUUUUGUUUUAAAUUUGCUCGUCGAUUUUAGUCUCUACUUUCAUUAUCCAAACUUCUAGUGACUGGAAUCGCCCGUAACAAUUAUUUAGUUUAUCGUUUAGUACAUCAAGUAACACUGUGACGUCACAAAAUGGACGACAGCGUUUUUGACAUUUGGAAAAUAUGAUGAUUUUUUAAUUAAGUUUUAUAAGAAAUACUUAACUUUUAUUAAUUAAUAUCGAUAUAUUUUAGACCCUUAUUCCAUAUACUAUGCGAAAUUAUUAUUGUUUAUAUUUAUAUGAGUCAAGUACCCUAUUUAAAAAAAUAUAUCAUCUACCCUUUGUCGUGAUUUUAAUAAUGUUUUACCUGCGUCGGUUCCAGUUUUGGCCACAGGGUCAAAUAAUUUUUUGGCAUUCAGUAUCAAACGUGCUCGUCAUCUUACUACUAGGUAUUUCCAAAGCCAAUCGGACGUCCUGAAAUAGAUUUACUGUAACUCUUACAAUGUUUCAUAACAUAUCUAUAUUAAUUACAGUUUCAUGUGUAAAUUUUUGGAAGUAUGAAUACCUACCUUUGAAAGUCUUUGUAUAAAAAACUUAUUUAGAUAUCUCGCCUCCUUCACACUCUUCCUUAUGUGGCUUCAAAUAUUUUUGAAAUAUUUAUAAGUAGUAGGUAAUAAAAAUUAUCCUUAGUGAUAUAUAUUAAUUUGUUUCUUUGUUUCGCUUUAACAGCUAAAACCAUCGAUAUAAAUCGUUAGAUGGGCUCCUCCAUACUAAAGAACGCACAAUUUUAUGUCGCUACUAAGAUAAGAUGUGCACGCACAUCUUGUCUUAGGAGUAAAAACACAAACCAAAACAUGAAUAAAGAGAAAUGUAUUACGAGUGAUGACGUACUCAAUGUGCGAAACCAAUGACAAUUCCGCGACGCUUUGAGGCCCAUCUAACGAUCUACGAUCGAUGGCUAAAACACACAUUUUUUUAUAAUGGAAAGCUAAGUCUUUUGCGCGUGUUAUAUUAGGCUAUAUUUUUAUCCUCUUACAUAUACCAAACUAUCACAUUGAAUGUUUAAUAUAAAAUCUACUAAACUGCCAUUUUUUGAAUGUAUGCAGAUAAAAAAUACAGCUCUGAUGUUAUAAAUAAUAUUGCUCUGUAGAUAAAAAAUGAAUGGAGAUUACACAAAUAAAAUGGUCGUGACCGAGUUCUGUAUUUAGUUAGAAUAAACAGUAGCUCAGACAUAAUGAUCCUUAAAACACAUAACAAUACAAUAUAUCCACGUGUAAGUAUCAAGACAAAUACAUAUUAUUAAAACCUGUGUAGGCGGAAUUAUUAUUUGCGUUGUACGUGAUUGAUUAUUAUUAAUUUUUAUUCAUUUAUUAUGUAUGAUUUACCGCGAUAAUAAAUUAUAAUAAUAAUGCAGGAAUACCAACCUACCUUACACACGUUGUUCUAUUAUCAUGGAAAGAAUUUCUGACAUAAAAGUUCGACUGUCGGGGAUUUUCAAAAUUUUCAAUUGUACUUAACAUGUUGAAGUCUUUUGAUUAAAACUUCGUUUAUUUAUAAACUAGCGGACGCCCGCGACUCUAUCUGCGUGAAAGUAACAAGCAUCCAAAUAAACAUCCUAACAGACAUCCGUACAAACUUUCGCGUUUAUAAUAUUAGUAGGACGUCGACAAAUAGCUAAUAAAUGUAAAAGUUAGCGAUCAAUAAGUGAAGAUUUUGACAAUAUUCAGGCAACUGGAGUUUCAUCCGAACACGUAGAGAAUUUUUCUGUCGACAAUCGAACGGCAGAAUAGUUCUUAUCGUGUAUUGUCAGCCACUGACGAUCAAGUAAGCUUACAUGCCUGCAGGCAACCCUUUGACAGCCGAUAAAACUGAUCGUAUGUUUGUCGCAAUCGGCAUAAUGUCAUGGACAUACUUGAUCGUCAGUGGCUGAUUUAUGGAGUCUUUAUUCGUAAGCUUAUUUCCAGAAAGCCGUGGUAUACGUAUAGAACCGUUGCUUCAACAACCCUUAUUAUUAUGAUUUUUCUUAAAAUUCUUUCUAAGGAGGUGCUGGUUUUCUAUAGUUAAUGCUAACAUUUCUAUACUUAAUGCUAAUUUUCUUGUAUAAUUAAGUAGUCGUAAGUAUUGAAUUAAGUAAGUAUUACCAGGAGUUGUGUGUUAGACAAAAUGUUUAUUGUCGUGUUAACAUGUUCGAUUUGUUGAUAAAGUUAGCAGACAAAUAUAUUAUUAUUAUUACAAUUGUA